UUGCCAUCAUUUCAGGCCACAUACACGCCGCUCACAGGUGGAACCUAUGAACUUCACAUCCUCUGGAAUGGUACCCAUGUUAAGGGUUCACCAUUUAAGGUUAAUGCCGAUACUUCAUCAUCACCUGCCGAAUUGAUUUCGGUUGAUAGCACAUCUCUGAAAAUUGGUAUCAUCAACGAGGAUAUCAAGACGGUCAUUGAUACUCGACGAGCAGGGCCAGGUCAACUGUCUGCACAAUGUAUGGGCCCGGUCAAGUUGGCCUAUUGCGAGCUCUAUGAUCACAGAGAUGGCACGUACACGUUGAGUGUUAGGCCAACGGAGGUUGGUAAACAUACGUUGGUCAUCAAGUACAACGAUCAGCACGUUCGCGGUAGUCCAUACCUCAUCCAUGUUUCCAUGCCGCCUGAUCCAUCGAAGGUUCGCGUCUACGGACCCGGAAUCGAGCAUGGUAUUCUCAGCUUGUAA